GAUGAUUGGAUUGAAUGGCAUGACUCUUGAAUAGGGACAAUGUAAAAAGAGUAAAAGAAAAAAAAAAAAAAGAUUUCGUCUUCCCAAUAGUGAAUUGCGCAAGUGAAUAGAUUAUUUGUGAUGGACAUGUAAAUGACACUCCCUCCCAUUGUCUAUAGCUCAUGGAAGAAGUGUGGAAAGUAGACCACUAAUCUCAGGUUUUUGGUAUACUGUUCAACUCUCUUGAUGUAUUGGAUUUAAUUUCCUGGAAAAAAUACAUAUCUGGCUUUAUUUUUCUGCCUAGAAAAAAAACACCUUUUUUUGCUUUGUAUUUUAGAAAGCGCAGUAUACCAAAAUCUGCUUUACAGAGUAGGAGUUGAACAUUCCCCAGCUGUGGGCGCUGCAGACCCCUCAAAGUUCAGAAGUGAAGUUAUGUAAACAUUUAACCAUAUGCAUUUUAUUUUCUCCCCCAUAUUGGACUAUCCUCUGUUAAACUUCUCUCUGUUAUUUGUGUGUGUGUGUGUAUGUGUGUGUGUGUGUGUGGUUUUUGUAGUGAAGAAGGCAAAAGCAGCCCCCUCGUUGAUGGCUGAAAGUGGUCCUCUGCCUGCCAACAGGGGAUUGUAGACAUAUGCAAAGGCCAGGAAGCAUUCAAGCCCCACCCCUCUCUUUUUGUGUCCUCUAUUCUUUCUCUGCCUUCUCUUUUUCUCUUUUCUUCUGCCUAAUUUGAUCCUUUCUAGGUGGUUUAGUUAAGAGUAUGAAGGUCAGAUACUGGGGGCAUAACCUGAAAGAAUGCUCAUCCUGCACUCUUUUGCCACACUCGUAAACACUUCUUAGCCACUUCACUUGAUGGUUUAAGUGUUGUUUCUCAAAGAACAAGGCUGUCAAAGUCAUAAAUAUAUAUUUAAUGUCAAAAAAUCCCAUGAAAGAAACAAAACAAACAAUGAUUUAUUCCAACAUGUUUUGUCUGUGCAGCCAAACCUGAUAUAGUUCAGUCUUUGAUUUCCAUAGGUGGCACUACGAAAUAAAUUUGAAAGGCAGUAAGUUAUUUUGGUCUGGUGGCCAUAGGUUACACAAAAAGACUGGAUGUUUAUUGAUUAAUUUAUAAUAAUUUGGGUAUUAACAAGGGGAACCUGAGUCAAUGAUUGGUUAUAUUAUAUAAUAGUCAUACUACAUCUCGUCUUAAGUUGUCUAAGAUGCCCACCCGACAUGACACAAUGUUGGUACAGUAUUCUCUUUAACAGUGGUUUUCUUUUGUUGUUGUGUUUUACAGUUCUUUUUCCUGGCUCAGCCAGUCCUGUAUACCAGGCCCUGCUGAAAAUACCAUCCAACAGUUUUGUCUCCUGCAGAAAUUUCUCUCUCCAGUGUGCUCUUUUAUUUACAUGUUGUCAUUGUUGUGUGUCCAAAUUUUGGUUAUGUCUUUUUGUGAAAGUUGUUUUUGGGGUUGGUUUUUCUAUGAGAUGAUUAUGAGGUCUUUAUUUAUUCAUUUUGGCCCAUUUAAAAAAAAAAAAAAAAAUGAAAUCAGAGGAAUUUUACAUAUAAAAAUAGAGUUUUUUAUUUGACUGUGGUAGCUCAAAUUAAUCAAACCAAUCAUCCUUUGCCUAGGUUUGGUUAAUUGAUGCAGUGACAGGUAAGGAUACUAGAAUAAUGAUGUACAGCAGACACACUACCUACCCUGAACUCUGCUAUUGUCAUUUAGUAUUUUCCACUAUAUCCUCUGAUAUGUGUUUUUGGUAAGUAGACACUGAUGGCUUGUAUAGUGUUCUUGCCAAAUCCCUAAAUUUCUCUUUGUUUGUAUCUCGAUUUUUCUCUGUGUGCUUUUAGUAGCGAAGCCGCCAACGUGAGUCGCUUGUUUCAGUAAACGUCUAUAUGAAAAUUGAGGGCACACCCAACUGGAGAAGCAGCUGUGCUUGCUAACGUUUGGUUCAUGACUUAAAAAACACGUUCAGGAUCUAUUCCAGAUGAGGCGAAAGCUUUGUCACUGUUGGCGCCAGCAAAUGCUGUUGCAGGAAUUCUGCCAGGGGGAGGACUUCUUCCAACACCCAACCCCAUCCCCAAUCCAACUAUUGGAGCAAACCCCUUCGGUGGUCCAAACAUGGAUGCAAUGGCUGCAUUUGGAUUCCCAGGACCCUCCAUGAAUCCCCAGGCUGCUGAUCAGCUGUUAAAGCUCAUGACAGAUCCAAAACUGAAUCCCUUGGCUGCAGGAUUAAAUCUGAAUCAAAGCUUGAAGGCCGACGCAUCUAAUAAAGAAAUUGAAGAGGCCAUGAAGAGAGUUCGAGAGGCCCAGUCGCUCAUUUCUGCCGCUAUUGAACCUGGAAAUAAGGAGAGCAAAAAGAAGCGCUCCCGGUCCAGAUCCAGAAGAAGGAGGUCCAGAUCACAUUCAAGACACAGGAGAACCAGGAGCAGAUCGAGGCGACGAUCGACCUCGAGAAGCAGGAGGCGCUCCAAAAGCCCACGCAGGAGACGGACCCACUCCAGAGAACGAAGCAGACGAUCGAAAAGCAGAUCCAGAGAUAGAAAGAAAGACGACUCGGGGAGAAGAAGAUCCAAAACGCCACCUAAAAGCUACAGCACCACCAGGAGGUCACGCAGCGUGAGCCGGAGACGCAGGAGAAGUCGCAGCAGCAGCCGAUCUCCUAAGAAGUCCCCAAAAAGGAGAAUUUCCAGGUCUCCAUCUCCUCGAAGGCACAAGAAGGAGAAGAAAAGGGACAAGGAAAAAGACCGGGACCGCAGGAGCGAUAAGGAGCGUGGUCGAGAUGAACCCGAGCGCUCCAUCAGCAAGAAAAUGAAAAGUAAAGACAAAGAACGAGAGCGGGAGCGGGAGAGGAAAUCGGAUGGAGAGAAAGGCGAUGUAAAGAUCACGAGGGACUACGAUGAAGAAGAACAAGGCUACGACAGCGAGAAGGACGGGGAGGACAGGAAGGAUUCAGACGACUCCGCUCUGUCGCCUCGGUCUGUAGAAGGUAACGGCACGUCGCGGCACAGGAAGCACUCUAAAGUGAACGGCGCUGACGAUCGCCAUGAAGAAGACAUGGACGUCAGCGACUGAGUGCGCCGUCCCGCUUCGUCCCACAUGAUCUCUUUCAUUUGUGAACGUGUUACGACUUUUUCACCCGCACUGGGGUUAAUCUGAAAUGUGAAAAGUGUGCUCAAUGUUUAGUUUUUUUUUUUUUCCCUGCACAGAAGAGCCAUUUCCUGCAGAAUUAUUAAGUCAUUUUUGCCUCGAGUUUUCCUGACAUAUUGUGUUCCUCUCAGUUUGUGGUGUUUUCUUUACAAAUGUAAUCGGUUGAAACCAGAAGUAGACUCGCUUUGCUUUGUUUCUCUUGAACUUGUGUUGUCAUUUCUUCACAUAUAUUGUAUCUUUACAUUUUUGUUGUGUAUUGUGACGUGUUGCUCAGGCCUCUUUCUCACCUUAUCUAAAGAUAUUGCUUUUGCUUCUUCUUAUUUGAAAGUGUUGAUUGUUUUAUCAAGGAUUUCUUUUAUAUAAUAAAAACAAUUUGGAGAAGC